UCUCAGCACCGGGACAGCACAGAGGGUCGCAGUCCGACAGCAAAAACGACUCGGCCAAGCUUGGCGCUCAGGCCCCGGCCGCCGCAAAGCUGUCUGGGAAAAGUAGUCGGCAAGUCCCUCGAGGCGCCGAACGGCUCGCCUAGCCGCCAAGCCUCCUGGGAAAUGCAGUCGGGCGCGGCAGGGCCCUGGUGACGUGAGGGAAAGAGGAGCCUUGAGUGACGCCUGAGGCGGACCCACCCGCGCCCGCGCGGAGGGCUCAGGACUCAGGGCCCAGGCCUAGGAAGAUGGUGCCUGGAAGCCGGUUGUCAUGGCAACUUGGCGGAAAGGUGGGCUCGGAGUCACGUGACGCAGACCCUACGUGAGGGGACGCGGUCGGAGUCCGGCAGGCGCAGCCGUGAAGCGAGCGCUGAGGGGUACGCGCGUGGCUUCCAGGCCCGGACCUCAGCCCCGCUGGACGGUGGGAGAAACUGAGGCCUGAGUGAGUGAGCGCGCGGUUGGGAGCUUGCAGUGGGUCGCACGCCCCCUUUGUCCAGAGGGGAAACUGAGGCCCGGCGAGGUCGGGAGGUCAGUGGGUUCUGCGAGGAUCUGAUUUCCCCUUUCCUCCCCCGUCACAGCCUGGCUGUUUCAUCCAUCCAUUCAUCCAUCCGCCCACCCACCCAUCCAGAUUGCCAGCCAACCCUGUGGGGCUGCUGUGGUCAGGGCCGGGUUGAGGAGAGGGUUGAACCGAGGGACUAAAGGGCUUUCCCUGGAAAUGCGGCGAGGUGGGAGAGCGUUUCCUGCUGAGGGGAUGCUGGCCUGACAGGGUUAGGGCGAGGAGUUCACUUUUCUGAGAACUGAUAGAUUCAUGGAUCGGUAAUAAGGGAGAUGAGGAUGGGCAGAGGGCCAGGGCCAGACCUGCUGGGUCUCAUGGGCUGAGCUGAGGAGCUUGGUCUCCAUCUGGGGCAGUAGCGAGCCCUGGGAGGGUUGGAGCAGGAAGGGACAUGCCAGAUUUUAGACAAAGAUCCCUAUGGCCUUUUCUCUUUGCCCCAUGCAGUUCAGAGGAUAGAAAUCCCAAGAUGUGAUGGGCUUGUGCCCUUUUCAGGGAAUGACCCCCUGAACUCUAAUCACCUGGCCUGUUUCUCUCUUUCGCCUUCUCUCUGGGACAAGUAAAUGGGCUCCCACAGCUGAAGUCACAUCUUAACCCGGAUGACACAGGCACGUGUAUCUCUAAGCCACUCCUGAGUGGCCAGUACCUUCUGGGUGUCUCCAGACAGAGGUGUCCUUCUGAGCUCCCCCACCUCUCACAUCCCUCAUAUCACCCUGGGUCAGUCUAUUUAUUGAGAACCUACUGCACGCAUGUCUGGCAGUUUGGGGCACCAAAGAUCCAAAAGUGAGCAAAACAGAAGCAGGUUUCCAUUUCCUUCCUGCCCUCAUGCAACUGAGUCUAAAGGAGAGAGAGAUCCUGAACAGGCAGCAAGUCAUCAAGAUGACUUCAGGGGAUGACAAGUGCUGAGGAGGAGAAGAAAGUUCCACAGGUAAGGGAGAGAGGGGGACCAGGAACAGAGGUGCUUUAGAGGAGGAGGCCAGGGAAGCGCCCUCCAAGGAGGUGAUUUUUGCUGCCGAGACUUGAAAGAAAAGAACAAGCCAUUGGGUUGUAUUUGGGAAGAGCGUUCCUCACAGAGGGAACAGCCAGUGCAAAGGCCCUGAGGCAGGAUGGUGACUGGCUGGUUCCAAUGAACAGUGAAGAAGCUUGUGAGGCAAAGCAGAGUGAACAAGAAGUGCUGGUCCGAGCAGGGUCUUUUUGGUCACAAAAAGGGUCACUUUUUGUUCUAAGUGAAAUGGGCAGGGUUUUUCAGCAGGGGAAGGAGAUUCCUGCAGUGGUUCAGGUGAGCUAGAUGAUGACCUGGACCAGGUGGUGGUUAUGGAGAUGGAGAAGAGGGGGCAGGGCUUGGGGCAUUGCCACAUGCUCUUCAAAUAAAGACACAACAACAACAACAACAAAAAGAUGCAGUUGGGGAAAUGGGUGUGACUGGGGCUUGACUGUGGGCCAGGCCUGGGCAGGCCACCCUCUCUCCCACUGCAGACUGGGCAAGAGCCAUGAAGGUGCUGCUCCUCACGGGACUGGGAGCCCUGUUCUUUGCCUAUUACUGGGAUGACAACUUUGACCCAGCCAGCCUCCAGGGAGCCCGUGUGCUGCUGACGGGAGCCAGUGCAGGUGUCGGGGAGGAGCUGGCAUAUCACUACGCACGUCUGGGCUCCCACCUGGUGCUCACUGCCCACACCGAGGCUCUCCUGCAGAAGGUGGUAGGGAACUGCCGGAAGCUGGGCGCUCCCAAGGUCUUCUACAUCGCUGCGGACAUGGCCGCCCCUGAGGUGCCCGAGCGCGUGGUGCAGUUUGCGCUGGACAAGCUGGGAGGGCUGGACUACCUGGUGCUGAACCACCUCGGCGCCGCCCCAGCAGGCACACGGGCCCGCAGCGCCCAGGGGACACGCUGGCUCAUGCAGGCCCCGCCCUCUUGGCCUUGGCUCAUCCCCUGGCUGAUGCUCCGCCUCUGGAACUCCGCCCCAGUCCUCGAGCCCCGCCACUACCAACCAAGGCCCCGCCCCCAGGCUCUAGGCUCCGCCCCUGCCCCUUCUGGGCUGGGGUUCCUCCUCCGCCCGGUGACUCGCAGUCGCCACCUCCAGGUGAACUUCCUGAGUUACGUGCAACUGACUUCGUUGGCGCUGCCGAGUCUGACUGACAGCAAGGGCUCCCUGGUGGUGGUGUCCUCGUUGCUCGGCCGCGUGCCCACGUCCUUCUCCAGCCCCUACUCGGCGGCCAAGUUCGCGCUGGACAGCUUCUUCGGCUCUCUCCGGCGAGAGCUGGGCGUGCAGGACGUGAACGUGGCCAUCACCAUGUGUGUCCUGGGCCUCCGGGAUCGCGCCUCGGCCGCCGAGGGAGUCAGGGGCGUCACGAGGGCCAAGGCGGCCCCAGGGCCCAAGGCAGCACUGGCCGUGAUUCGUGGUGGCGCCACACGUGCCUCUGGCGUCUUCUACCCGUGGCGCUUCCAUCUGCUCUGCCUGCUUCGCGGCUGGAUGCCACACCCGAGGGCCUGGUUCAUCCGCCAGGAGCUCAACAUCACGACCCCCGCUGCUGCCUGAGCCCCUGGGCUUGAUGCCCCUUCAUCUUCCCAGAAGAAGACCCUCCAGCCAAGCGUCCUGAAGCCGGGGCACACACCGAGACAGCUCUGAGUGGGUGGCCAAGGGCCAAGAGAAAGUCAUCGAGAUAGAAGAGUAGACCCGAGAAAAAAAACUCACCAGCACCUGAAAACAGUCAGCACUCGGUGUGCCAGGCAUCUUGUCAGGGACUUGGAAGGCAGUUGCCUGUCGUCUCAGCUGUCACUGAUGAUUCGAUUGUCUCCCAUUUUGCAAGUAAACAAACUGAGGCUCAGAGAGGCGAUGUGACUUGUCCCAGGGCCCCAGCCACAUCAAACAGGUCACAACAUCACUGAGCCAUCCUCGGAACCUUCUUUAUCUGUGACCUGAAACCACCGGGCCUCUGAUGUGUUCUUUCCACUCACUCGGCCUUGGAGCAUUCCCCAACCCUUUCCACGAGCAAGGGAGCCCUCGAAGUUGUGAAGUCGAUGGUGGGGUCUGAGGAGGGGGAGGAGGAGAAGAACCUGUUCUGGGCCGGAUCCAGCCUCCCAUUUGAUAAUAAAAAUCCUUCUUCCUUUG